AUGGAAGGUGGUCAAAGACAAGCACGCCUGCUUCUGCUGUCUAAAAUACAGCAAAGACCACUCUGCUUCAACUUGCAAAAAAAAAGAGAAUGUGGUGAGGCAACUCAAGAUAACACUUGUAAGAAAUUCCACCACAAGUUACUUCAUUCUGAAUCUGGAGGUGUAGUUAUGUCAGUUUCACACGAGAAGAGCAGAGCCUUAUUGCCUGUUGCAGUUACUUUAAUCAGAGGAAAAGGAAACCUGAAAAAAGAAGCUAAUGUUCUUUACGAUAGUGGCGCACAAGUAUCAAUGAUCAGAAGCAGCGUGGCAGAGGAGAUGUGCCUUACGGGCAAGAGAAUCAAGAUUUUUUUAACGAAGGUUGGAGGAGCUGAAGAAGAACUUGAUACUAUGUUGUAUAAAGUUACACUAUGCAGUAAGGACAAUGUUACAGUUCAGUCAAUAAAUGCCAUAGGRAUUCCCCAAAUCUCUGAUGAAGUAACAGAUGUAGAUGUCAGCAUUAUUUCAAGGAAGUUCAGCGUCCCUGUAGAAGAGUUGAGAAGAAAGGCUGGACCAAUUGACAUCCUAGUUGGCAUCAAUUAUCCAAAUCUGCAUUUAGGAAAAACAAGAGUCAAAGAUGGUUUAGUUCUCAGAGAAGGCCCCCUUGGAUUGGUAGUGUUUGGAAUGAAAGGAGAAAGCCAAGAUGAGGAGUCAAAACAAGUCUUGCAUGUACGGGUUGCCAGCCAAGUCGACAUAACAGACUUCUGGAAAACUGAAACUAUGGGAGUCAACGCUCAACCAUGUACUUGCAAAGCCGAUGAGAUGUCGAAAGAAGAGAGAAAGGAACUAACAUUGAUCGAACAAUCCUGUAAACUCGRAGGUAAUCGUUGGCAAAUGAGCUACCCAUGGAAAAAAGAUGCUAGUUUGCUGCCAAACAACUAUGAUCAAGUCUUGAAGAAACUCGAAAGCACAGAACGACAACUAAGAAAGAACAUGCAACAUGCAGAAAGCUACCCCUGUUAG